UUGAGUUCCACUCCCUCUCGUUAUCGCGCUUCUUUCUUCACUAAAACACAACCAACCGUCUCGUUUUCGUUCCAAUUUUCAUUUCAAACAAAAGGAGAGAAAACAAAAAAAUAAUGCACGAGAGGCAGCGUUUGGUGGAUUCGGAAGAAAAACGUGAUUUGUACGACCCGAAUUCUCCGCUUUCUGAGAGAGACGCCGAUUUAGAUCGCGUCCUCUUCAAUAACCUCGUCCAGAUUGUCCCUCUCGUGCAGUCCUUCAUCGAUGGUGAAGGAAGAAGUUCAUUCACGCGUCAGGGUUCCAUGGUGUACACAAAGAGGCCUUCAAGAAAGUCUCGGUUGAAAAGAAGGUUUGACACGAGAAAAGGACAGAAAGAUGAGUCUGUCAUAUUGAAGGAGCAGGUGGAGGAGCUGCAAAUGAAAAUAUUGGAGAAAGAUGAACUUAUAGAGUCAUCAGAAAACACAAAAAAACAGAUGAAAGCCCUUGAACAAAAACUUUAUGAACUGAAACACCAUGCUUCGGAAAAGGAUUCUUUGCUUAAGUCUACAAAACGACAACUCUUUGAUGUGAAGUUUGAGCUUGCAGACAAACAAGCUGCUCUUGAAAAGAUACAUUGGGAAGCAAUGACAUCCAACAAGAAAGUGGAGAAAUUGCAAGAAGAGCUAGAUUCCAUGCAAGGAGAUAUUUCAUCAUUUACAUUGCUGCUUAAUCGCUUGACAAUAUCUGACACCGCUGAGUACACUGAUGAUUAUGAUAUUAAGCCAUAUGAGUUCAAUCACCUGCGUAGUAUAGAUGAUUGGGACGAGAUGGAAAUGCAGAAAAUGGAAGAAGCAAGAAAAACAUAUAUCGCUGCCGUUGUUGCUGGAAAGGAAAAACAAGAUGAAGAAUCUAUGGCUACUGUUGUCAAUUCUAGGUUACAACUUGAGUCAAUUCUUUUCAAACCAACAUAAAUUGAAUUUGUAAUUUUACUAGUCUAUUGAUCUAUAUAGAUAUGAUAAAACCCAUCCACUUAU